CCUCACACGGCUCCAUCGCCCUGAGGCAUCCAGACCGACCGUCCCAGCAGACCGCGUGCCUUCAGCUGUGUAAUCUUUUCAGCUACACACGGAAUUCUGAUGUGCAGAAGGGGGCCUUUCUCACAACGUUCACUCCUCCUGGGGAAGACCCGCACUAGACUAUCUCUGGGCCCUGUCUCUGGACCCCAGGUCUUCAACAGAUAUCCCCUUCAGAACAACACUCUCUCUGGCGCCUUGGUACUCCAAUUGACCACCCAUUGAAGCCUACAUGACUUGACUUUGAGAACCACCACCACCACUACCACCACCACCACAACAACCUGCGCCACCACUACAACGACUACUAGCACUCCCAAGACCACUACUACUACUACUUUUCCCGCAGAGCUCCAGCGACCAGGAGUCUUGUCCACGGGGGCGACCAUGGCCUCCACGGGGAUGCAGCUGUUGGGCCUCUUACUGGCCGUGCUGGGGGGGGUGCUGGGGACGCUGGUGUGUGCCGCCCCUCUCUGGCGGAUUUCCGCCUUCGUGGGCGGGGAGCUGGUGAUCGCCCAGGUGCAGUGGGAGGGGCUGUGGAUGAACUGCCUGUCCCAGACCACGGGCCACAUCCAGUGUAAGACCUACGACUCCACCCUGGCCCUGCCCGCCUCGGCCCAGGCCGCCCGCACCAUGACGGUCCUCUCCCUGCUGCUCUGCGUGGGGGCCCUCGCCCUGGCCGUGGCCGGGGCCAAGUGCACGCACUGCCUGGGCGACGGGGACCCGGGGGCCAAGCCUCGGCUGGCCAAGCUGGCGGGGGCGCUGUUCGCCGUGGCCGGGCUCCUGUUCGUGUUGCCCGUGUGCUGGACGGCCUACGCCGUCGUCCGGGACUUCUACGACCCCGACGUGGCCGCGCCCCUGAAGCGGGAGCUGGGGCCCGCGCUUUACCUGGGCUGGGGGGCCAGCCUGCUGCUGCUGGUGGGGGGCGGGCUCCUGCACGCCGGCUCCUCUCCGCCGGGCGCCGGGGCACGGGGGCCCACGCUUGGGCGCGCGGGGAAGGAGGGCUCUCAGCCCGUCGCGGCAGGGGGGACCCCCGCGGAGAAGGCCUACGUAUGAGGGGCCGCGGAGGUCUUUGUUUGGGUUCCUUUUCUUUCCUUUUUUAACCUGCCUACUGCCUGUGACCCCCCCCCCCCCCCACCUCUUGUUUAUCUGCUUGUGUCCUUGUGUUAUUUUUUGUUAAGUUAUUUUGGUUUUCUAUGUUCCUGCCCACACUGUAAAGCGUCCUUGAGUUUGAAAGGCGCUAAAAAAAAUCUAAUUUAUUAUUAUUAUUAUUUUAUUACUUUUUCUCUCUGGGUAAGUUGCCGGAAUGUAAAUAUCACAGCGUUGUUAUUAUAUGGAGAUGCAUAAUACAGUAAAAAAAAAAGAAAAGAAGUGAGUGUUGAGUGAUGUUUGUGUUAACAUGCAGUUUGUACUCAUGCUCAUUAUGUGGUCGUGUCAGAGUGGGUGGGACACUGUGGGUUGCACCAGCGAGCAUUAAUGUCGUAAUUCACAUAUUUCAGAUUCCACUCCUCUGUGUGUGUGUGUGUGUGUGUGUGUGUGUGUGUGUGUGUGUGUGUGUGUGUGUGUGUGUGUGUGUGUGUGUGUGUGUGUGUGUGUGUGUGUGUGUGUGUGUGUGUGUGUGUGAGAGAGAGUUAGCAAUGUGCCGAAAAGGUCAAUGCAAAUUGUUUUUUCACGCUAGUGUUGUAAACAACUGGGUAUGGUUGUCAUAAUGUUCCAGUGUUUUAUUAAGACUUUUUUAAAUAAAGCUAUUUGUAAGAUUCUCAUAAUUAACAUUAUUCAACGAUGCAAUUAAUGGAUCACAGACAGACAAAUAGAUGAUAGAUAGAUGAUAGAAUAAAGAUAAAUAAAUGUUUAGUGUUUUCGCUCUUUCCUCCAAAUUCGUCAUUCCUGAAUACCCCACUUGGUGGCAGUGCAAACCAACUGAUGUGGCGCCAGUCAUUCUGUGACUUUAUCCAGUUCAGACCUUCUCGAAGAUCAUCAUUCCGUAAUCUUUAUUCAGCAUUUAUAGUCAUCUCUAUAGUUACAGGUUCCACAUAAAUGGCAUCCCCUGAAGCUGCUCGCUGGUUUUAAGAAGGCGUACAACUGACUGAUGUGGAGCGUACUGCACGCCUGCUGCUGACCGUGAAGGCAUUUUAUCCCACGAGAGCAGGUAUAGUCCUGUUACGACGUGGCCAUUGCCUUUCAAUGGUAUAAGGACAGAUAAAAAUCGACAAAAAGACAAGUGACAAAAUACAAUGAUGCAAUAAUACAACUUUUUAAAUGACCAAACAUAAAAUGAUACGACCGUGCUGGUUGCAUAAUUUUUUUUUUUAUUAUUGUUUUACAUCCAAAAUAAGUUAACGUCAAAGGUGGUAAUGUUUAACAGCAAACCGUCUGCACUGUCUGGCACCAUUGCAGUAUACGUUAGGUAUUAGGAAGAAUAAGUAACAAAGUUAACCAACAGUUAUGUAAUGGCACAUGGAACAUUGUUGCAACACAGCACACAGCGGUUCAUUUUGGCCUAAAUCAUCUUCCCAAUCCCAGAUACUUCCAGAAUAAUUUUACAAAAGUAAUUUCUCUAAUGGGAACAUACUCUAUUCUUUCGAGAGGACAAUGCCACGUUUAGCACCCUUAAAGGGACACGAUCAUUUUCCUAUUUCUGCUGAGCCGACAGUGGGUCGGUC